UGAAGGCUUUAUCAACUGAUAGCCGGCAUAUUUUGUUAUCAAAAACAAUAACCGCCCGUUCCGUCCGGCUUUGAAUUAUAUAUGAAGUCGUUUUCGAACCCCCGAAAUGUGGCAUUUUAUGUGAAAAACACAUAACGGAAUAAAACAAUACACCACCACAUAUCGCAGCUCGUCCAACAAUCAAAAACAAUCAGAUUGUGAUUGCGGAGCUCCUCUAGCCCAGCUACACGAUCCCGUCCCGAUCAGUCAGUCUUUUCAAUUCUGUUCCAGAAGUCAUAACGUUCGCGUGUUCGUACCGUGUGGUACUCGCUCGGUUGUAUAUCGCUUCGAAAGGUGGAACGUGCAUUUUAUGUGUCAAGUGGAAGAAUUCUAUUAUCAGUUCUGUGAGUCUUGACGAGACCGCUGCGGGCUGACGCUGACUCUGACGACAACUCGAUUACUUUAGCUUUUUAACCAACAACAAAUCGUGGGCACGAUCUCUUCUCGCUUUUACUUUUCUUUAGAUUUUAGAAGCGAGUCAUAUUAGAGAGAGUCAGUGCGGGGGAUGUCGAUGAUGAAGAUGAUGAUGAUGAUGAUUCCAAUGAUCAACCAACAAACACAACAAUCAUAUCAAAAUGGCGUACCGCUAUACACACUACGAGUAGAAUACCGAUUACAAGAAUAGGAGACUUUUGUGAUGAAAGACGCUUAAUUGAUUUAAAUUGGUCGGUCUAUUGGUCAGGCUGGUUAGCUUAUGGCUGAUGGGUAUAAUGGGAAUGCCCAGCAAUUGGAACGGGUCAGUGUUGGAUCGAGAUCGGUUUGGUGGCGAUAGUAAAUUAUUAUAGAAGGGGAUCAUUAUUCAGAAAACUCUCGCUCAGCACUCGAUAAAUCGCCGAGCUGUGUGAACCCGUGCGGUUUUAUUUUUUUGAAAAUAUUUUUUAAUUACGUGUAGCUCCCUGAUUUUUCUAGUUUUUCCUUCCAAUUGAUAGAUUUAUUGCAAGGUGCUAACGGAAAGUGCACCGAAUUGAAAGAAUUACAGUUUUAUGUGGCUUCCGGUUGCUUUGAAAAAUUAAAAUAAAUAUUCAAAAACAAAUACAAAAAUAUUUGAGUUAUAUGAGGUUUUUAUGAGUUUUUAAGUGAUUCGGAAAUAAAAUAUUUCAUGUUUUGAAAUCAAUUAUGGAGAAAACAUAUUUAUUCGAAAAAGUGCAUAUGAUGGAUGUAACAUAAGAUGCUUUUUUAAAUAAGCCUAUUAAUUAAGAAAACAAGAAGUUUAUUUAAUGAGUGCAAACUUACAGUAAAACACAUCUUUAAGGAUUAUUCUGUCUUGCCAAAGAAUUACCAAAGAGUUAACAUGUUUUAUGAAAAUAUGUUAAACUAAACCAAACUGGAUUAUAUAAGAAAAAGGAAGAACUAAUAGAAUAUGGACUUACGCAUCAUAAUAUUGCAGAUAUCUUAUAUCAUUAUAUUUGCAAAGAUGCUGGCUUUUGGAUUUAUCAGUCAAGACGAAAGGAAAUGUAAAUAUUUGAAAGUGGAUAGACUCACAAAAGUCAAGUGUUUCGAUAUGAAUUUAAGGGAAGUGCCGCAGUUUUUGAGUACGUCAGUUGAGGUAUUAGAUUUAGCAUUUAAUCGAAUAAAGAAACUCAAGAGACACUCAUUCAAACGAUACGGAAAGAUAAAGUAUCUUUUGCUCUACGAAAAUAUGAUUCAGUCCGUGGAACCUGAAACUUUCGCACACUUGUCAUCAUUACAGGAAAUUGAUUUAUCGAAUAAUGCCCUCUUGACAAUUCCAUUGGAAAUAUUUCAGUUGCCAUCACUGAGAAAUCUUUAUGUCGAUAGUAAUGAUUUGAUCAAUUUAAACAAUGACUUGAAGAGACUUGAAAAGCCAAUCCAAGCUCCAUUAGAAUAUUUCAAUGUAGCUGAAUGUGGUCUUCAAGAUCUUCCUGAUAUAGGAAUUGUUCCAUAUCUUUGGCAAAUAAAUGCCUCAUCAAAUCCUCUUAAGGAAAUAACCACCGAAACACUUGCCACAAUGUGCAAUCUUAAAAGUAUAGACUUAUUAAAAACUCAAAUGCCAAUAUGUGCCUGCCAUCAAAUAUUAGAUUAUAUUAAUAUAAGAAAAAUUAAAAAUACAUUUUUGCCAAUGUGCCAGAUACCUGUAGGUGCAGAACUCGAUGAAUGCCCACCACUGUACAAUAUUACAGUAGGGCUACCCGAAUAUGAACAGUGCAACCAAGCGACGUUAAGUGCGGCAGCAAAAUCAACUUGGCUUACGAUAGCUGGUUGUUUAAGUGGAGUUUUUCUAGUUUUAUUAAUUUUAUUAUACUGCAUAAGACGCCGAAAACGUCGAAAGGAAAAGAAGAAAGAAAUGAAGAGAGAAAAGAAACGUUUUAUUAAUCCAACUACAGCAACAACAACAAAUAAUAUAAUUCAACAAGAUGAAUGUAUGAUAUGUGAUACUGCGUAAUCAAGUGCAUUAAAUACAUAUAUAUAUAUAUAUGUAUGUAUAAACCCAUAUAUAAAUAAUAUUAUUUAAUUUUCACAAGCUUUGAUUUUUAGCUGUAAGUUUUUUUUAGGAAAUAAAUCGUUAAGUUUGUUUUUUUUUGUAA